AUGGGCGCAACAGAAUACCCCCGUCCUCCAGUAGCUGGACUUGAUUGGAACAACCUAGGCUUCGAGCCAGUGGAAGGUACCCUAUACCUCCAACCCAACCUCUUCUCACACAGUCCCCAAAUCCCACCCAUUCUAACCCUCUCUUUCCACGCAGUAAACGGCCACAUCGAAUCCCGCUUCACCCCGUCCACAAACACCUGGAGCCCACCGACCUUCGUCGCAGACCCGCACAUCCGCAUCCACGGCCUCACGCCCGCCCUAAACUACGGGCAGCAGAUCUUCGAAGGCCUCAAGGCCUUCCGCACCCGCUCAGGCCGCAUCACGCUCUUCCGCCCCGACCAAAACGCGGCCCGGUUCGCGCGCUCCGCACGCGCCGUCUCGAUCCCGCCGGUCCCCUCGCACAUAUUCUUAGAGGCGGUGCAUGCGGCCGUCGCCAUGAACAGCGAGUUUGUGCCCCCGCUGGGCUCGGGCGCGGCGCUGUAUAUCCGUCCCUUGGCGUUUGCGAGUUCCGCGACGGUGGGUCUGAAGCUGGCGGGCGAGUUUCUGUUUUGUGUGUAUGUUUUGCCCGUUGCCGGGUUGCAUAGGCCUUUACCGGUACAUGAGGGGGGGGACAAAGAGACGAGUGUUAGUGGGGUCAAGGCGUUGGUGGUGGAGGACUUUGAUCGGGCGGCGCCGCUCGGGACUGGGGAUGUCAAGGUUGGAGGCAACUACGGGCCUGUUUUGGGGAGGAUUGAUGCGGCGAGACAGGAAGGGUAUGGGCUUACGCUGCAUCUGGAUAGUCUGAGCCAUAGUGUGGUGGAUGAGUUCUCGACGAGUGGGUUUGUUGGGGUUCGAAGGGGGACUGGGGAUGGGGAUGGUGGGCAGGUGACGCUCGUGGUAUCGGACAGCCAGCAGAUUGUGGCGAGUGUGACGAUUGACAGCGUCUGUGAGAUUGCGAGGGGGCUUGGGUGGGCGGUUGAGAAGCGUCCUAUUGCCUUCACGGAGGUGAGCGAGUUCGUGGAGGUGUAUGCGGCAGGCACGGCGGCGAUGCUGGUGCCCGUGCAGUCCGUGGAGAGACGGUCCACUGGGGAAGUCAUUCAUUACUCGACUGACUACGCUGACCCGACGAGUGUCUUUGCGCAGCUGUACAAGGCCCUCUCUGGGGUUCAGCAGGGAUUGGUCCCGGACCAGUGGGGAUGGACGCAGGAAGUGCUGUGGCCAAAGCAGUUGGACUCGCAAGACUGA